AUGGACCCUCGCGAAUUCGACGUGGUCAAGGCCGAGAAAGCGAGGUCUCUACGCCGGUACAGGAGAAACCAGAGGUUGAAGGCUUUCCUCCGCGUCUCCGAAAUCUGCGCCGCGCUGUUCCUGCUGGCGUACUACUCCCCCGGGAUUUCUCUCUCUGCCGCAGUCGCCAGUGAUUCUCUCAGCUGCGUGGUCGCUCUUUUCGCCAAGCCGCUCUCCGUCUUCCUCCUCAGCAACGCUAUCAUCAUAACCGUCAUUGUCUUGUCCGGCAAGGACACGGAGCGCGGUCCAGUGCACGAUGUAUACGGCGAGUACGUCGCUCACCGGAGGACCUUCGUCAGGAACUCUUCAGCGAUGGAGACAUUGCUGGAGGAGAAGACCGUUGUUGACAAACAGAUCGUAGUAUACUCAUCUGCUCCUGUUUGCGAAAAUCCAGGGCCUAUGGUCAUGGAUCCAGAUGCCGAUUGCGAUACGGCAAUUGUCCAAGUUACAGAGAUAAAUCAUGAUGGCGUCGAGAAAAUACCCAUGAACCCUCCAGCAAAGCAAUGCAGAAGGACGCAAAAGACGGUGACCCCGAUGGUUCACAGAGAGCUCCGGCCAUUGCGGUCCGGGAGUCACAAUGGUCGGCACGACAGGGCAGUGCGUCACAGGAGGCCGUGUGCAGUGGAGGAAUUGAGUGACGAGGAGUUCAAUCGGAGGGUAGAGAAGUACAUAGAGCGGACCAGAAUGUUCUUGCGCAAGGAGAAGAUGGCGGAUGCGAUGAAGGAGAGUUACAAAACAAUCGGUUGUCAUUCUGUUUGA